AUGCCCUGGCGAGACAUUCUGGCGUUUGACUUCUGGCUCGAACGCCAGCCGCUUAGGCAUGAAAUUCGGCACGGACAGACAGAUCACAUUGGCUUUCGUCGAUGUCCUAGACUACGGCAGGUCUUUGCAGGACUGGGUGGUCAAACCACCUUUGCCAAUGGUCAUCGCCGCAGCAGGCGAUGGCAAGUAUACUGCCCCAUACCAGUUACCGCCGUGACGGACCUCGACCCGUUCGUGCAGUCCGUCUCACAGUACGUGGGGCGGCGCGUGUGGCACCAGGUCUUGCUGGCCUUCAACCUGCUGGCGCGGCUGCUGCCUCCCAAUCCCUCCGAGGAGGACGUGAGAUUGCUGCGCCGCUCCAUGGCACAGAUCUCGACCGAGGUCAUGCACCAGACGGACUUGGAGUGCCACGCGGUGUUGUUCAGGGCCCCAGCGCACAAGCGGUCCCACGUCCCGCGCAAGCCCAGGAGAGUGAGCCGCCAGUCCUCCUGGGAGGCGAUGGUGGCGGGCAGCUCCAGAGGGUCGCCCAAGGGCGGCCAGACCCCGGUCCGAUCCGACGUUCCCCUGGUAGGAUAUCGGCACCGCCCCGCCCUGGUGCUGUCGCAGCGGGCCCCCUCCGACACCCUGCGCCACCAGGGACGCCCUGGGCGCGUGGGGGCAGACUCGCAGGCGCGGAAGAGACCUCGGGUGCGCCGCGUGGUGCACGUGGGUUCCAGCGGCCUCUUCUCUCCCACGGACGAGCUCCUCCUGGACGCGGCGGACGACUCCCCCGUGCUGAGCUUCAGCUUUGCCCCGAUCGGUCCAGGGGAGUCGCCGUUGAACGAGGCGGGGUUCAGCGACGGCCUGCAGCCGCUGUCCCUCUUCAGGAGCGACAGCAUCCAAAACUUGGAGCUGAACCAGGACAGCAACCGCUGGCACAUCACCGUCGGCGCGGCCGAGCACUCGAGCCGGCCCAUGCCCGACUUCAGCGAGGCCAGCGGCAUCUCCUCGCCCAUGCACGACGACGAGCCGCCCUCGCCCGAGAAGCCCCAGCAGGCGCGCUGGAACCCGAACCGCGGGUCGCAGAGGCUGUCCACGGCGUCCGCCUCCAGCUCGCUGGCGGCCCUGGAGGCGCCGCUGCUCGGUCACGCCCGGGGCGACCGGCGCAGGCGCCGCCUCCCGGCGUGCCUCGCGUGGGGCUUCUGCGAGGACCUUUGGGGCUCGGCGGAGGCUUGGUUCCGCCUCCUCUGCACGCCGUGCCAGGCGGCCUACCGCGGCUACCUGCGGACGCUGCGCGGCAUCAGCGCGCUGGGCGGCGUCGGCAGGCAGUCGGGCCUGUUCCUGCGGCACCGGAAGCCCCGGGGUUCCCAGGUCACGACGCUGUUGUGCCUGCUGCUGUGGCUCCUGGUCGCAACCAUGUUGUUUAUCGCACAGUCGACCGUCUUGUUUCGCCUGGGUCGGCACCACUACUCCUUCUUUGCAGCGCUGCUCUCGCCCCCGUUUGCCGAAAUCAUGGCGCUGGUCCACGGGGUGAUGUUCGUCUGCGGCGCAACUGACGGCAGCACCGUGUGCAUGUUCGUCGUCGCUUCCAUCAGCAGUAUGGCUGUCGCUCUUAUCUGUCGCAUCAAUGCGGUCUUUUACGUGAACAUGGACGCGAUUUACGUUGAGGGGUUGUUGCACGUCAUGGCCGAGUACGGCAUUGCGUUCGCGUCGAAAGUGUUCAUCUGCCGACUGGUCAACAUGAUGAUCGCGUACGCGGAGGCGGAGCCAGUGCUAGACCCGUCCGCGGGGCACGAGGCGGACCAUGCGUGGGUGCGGGAGCACGUGCUGUUCCGGGCCCGCAGCGGCAGGGCAGCGAGCCCGCUGCGCCAGAGGGUCGGGUCUGACAUGUCCAGCGGCUGGACCUCGACGGAGGAGGCGGCAGAUUGGACGGCGACCAUGCGCAUGCGGAGGCGUUGCCGGAGCCAUCCGCGUGGGGCCCCCCGAGGCCAGGAGGACGACGACUCGCCAUCGCAGCACGAGUCGCGGCAGGUGUCGCCGUCGCAGUUCGAGUCGCACCCCGAGUUCUUUCCCCAGACCAGCGGCGGCAGCCUGUCCGACAGCCCCCGCGCGCACCAGGAUUGA